GUAGUGCGGCGCGGAGGUGAUAUUUGUGAGUGAUUACAAGAUGGCUGUGCGGGCAUUGGUACUGGCACUGAUGGUAGCCACGGCGGCGAUGGCACUCGUUGGUGCUCGGACCGACCAUGAUUUCGAGUUCGACGACACCGAUGCUCUGGGGCGAAGCGCAGCGGGCGGCAGCCGACGUCACCAGCCGCGGCGCUUCGUGUACUCGCCACACAACGAGUUGUGCCGCACGCUGGAGUGUCGGCCGCGCGAGCUGUGUCUGCUUCGCGAGGGCCGUACUGCCUUCUGCGCUGAGAAACGGGACGUGCUGCGCAGAGGAGACCUGAUAGUAUCGGCAGGAGCGGGUGGUGCCGACGACGAGGACGUGUUCUACGAGGAGCACGUGUCGCCCGCGACCGAUCGCGACCGAGGCGUCCGAGCGGACUCCGACUUGGACGCGGCCCGUAAUUGCGUCGGUUGUGGCGCGGAAGCAGGCGAUGCGGGGUUCGUGUGCGGCUCCGACAACCGCACGUAUUCAUCUCUGUGCCGGCUCGACCUGCACAACUGCGUGCGGAAGCCGCACGCGGCAGUACGCCUCGCUUGCGCCGGCUUCUGUCCGUGCGCUCGCGCCGACCGCCCGAGGGAGGUCUGGCGGCGCGGGCGACAAGGAGCACGCGGGCGGCAACGUGACGCGACGAUCGACAACGAGGUGUCGCCGCGUCGGUCGACGCGCCUGCGACGUCCUACUAAAGACUGGGAGGCAUGCGAGCUGGACAAAAUGGCCAACCGACUGCUGGACUGGUUCUCGGUGAUGAUGCAGGAGAUGGGCGGAGCGCCGCCGCCGCACGGCGGGCGCGGAGGGUUCCCGGCGGGCUGUAAGCCGGAAGUGCGCUGGAUAUUCCGGCACCUGGACGUUGCAGGAGAUGGUGCGCUGAAUGACGACGACCUCUACGCACUUAGCCACGACGAGCGCGAGCGCUGCCUGCGUCCGUUCUUGCGGUGGUGUGGCGCGGGAGCGUCGGCAGCGGGGGUGUCUCGCAGUGCUUGGUGCCGCUGUCUGAGCGGGGCGACGCGGCCAUGUGCGGCCCUGGCGCGAGCGGCGGCACGACGCGGGGGCUUCGUGCCGGCGUGUGACGCGCGAGGGUUCUACCGGCCGCGCCAAUGCCACGCCGCGCUGGCCGAGUGCUGGUGCGUGGACCUGCGAGGACAGGAGCUGCCCGGCUCACGCACCAAGGGUGCACCCUCAUGCCCCGGCGAAGAGAGGGAAGUGGCGCCGGCUGACGAUGAAGACGAGGGAGGAGCGGGGGCGGGAGAGGGGGAGGGGGAGGACGGCAGCGGCGACGACGCUCUCGAUCUUCACUUCUAGCUGGAAGGGGGAGUGAGGAGCACAGGGGAUACCAGGGGAGUCAACGAAUAAUUGCGUUGUCGUCAAUGGCGGGUGACACCACUGUCGAGUUGUAGACGUCGACUAUAACGGUCUGGUCAUCAACCACGAGCCCGCUGCGCCCGUCCUGCGAGCUGCCACAAUAACUGCAACGCUCCUGUAAUUCCUCGCGUUUGCACGUCUGUUUCCCUUCCAUUAAGUAAAUAGUGGCGUUUUUUGUCUAAGUCUCUCAUAUUGUAUACCGUGGCUCUCUUCGUGGAUGUCUUCUGGGACAUGGACACAAUACGAAAGGCGGCCUAUAGAUAACACUGUAUUUAAUUACAUUUUUAGUUUAAGUGUAGAGGUUGUAGAUUACCUUAAUUAUUAUAUAAAUAUAAUCGCUUAAUAAUAUGUCUGUGAUUUAAAUUUUUUUUUAAUUAAUUAUUCAUUUUAUAGGUUAUAGUUAUCGUGGCCGAUCUUUUCGUGUCAUUGUUGAUAUUUACCUAAUUUAGAAAAAUCGAAUGAGUAUUGUUAUUAUUUUAGUUUUAAAUAUUAUCUAUUAAAUAGCAGUGUGAUAUUAGCCACUUGCCGGUACAAGGCUUAGGUAUGUACAAAAUCUGCGUCGUGAGUUUUAUUAUUAACGUAUGUAUACCUAUUUACCGCAAUUUGAUUAUUUCUAACUUUCUAUUCGCCUAUUCUAGUAUUCUAUUUCUAUCGAGCGCGUUCAACCAGCAUGAACGUGGAAUCCAAUGAUAUUUAAAAGUAUACUAUAAUAUCAUUGCUGGCAUCAUUCAAAAUUGUAAAAGAGGUGACAAAUUUCUGCGAUUGGAUUUGUCACCGGUUCAGCCUGUGGACGCGAUGCAUAACCUUUAAUAAUUAUCAAUAAGACGUAGAGAACCGCCGAAAGAAACGAAUUUUACGAAAAAUUACAGACUUGGAAUAACACAGCUAAAAUUAAGCAAUCUAAGUAGUAAUACAAUUUUACCUUUCAGUGUUUGCCACAGUCCGUAUUUUAGUCACAUAAAAUGUACGUAAGUACCUACCUAUUUAUGUUGCGUUAAAAAAUGUUAACAGAAAAAUAAUAUGACUAUAAUUAGUUCACAUAGGUGUUUUAGUUUAAUGUCACAUCACAACAACGAAAAGUGCCUCCGAAUUAGGGUUCCCAUGUAGUAAUUCGAAAAGACCUGACAUUUCGAUAAAAGUCUUUUUAGUAGAUCUUGUUUAGAUUUCGUUUCUCGUAAAGAUAAAAGACUUAUUUGAUAUUUUUUAACAUGUAGACAGCUGGACAAUAUCCGGACAAGAGUCUAAAAGUCCGCACAUGUCCGGAUUUAUCCGGACGGAUGGCAACCCAAUGAUACUUUUACCAAAUCAGUGAAAUAUACAAUAUAGCUAGCAUAAUUACACCACUCUUUUUGAUUAUUUUAUUAUGUUGGGUAAUUAUCAAUAUUAUUGACUUAUGGUUUGAAAUUAUUUCCCUAAAGUCAAAAUUAAUUAAUACAAAGAUAUCUUAAGGUGUGAUGCUGUGUUAUACCAUUGAGUAGGGAUGGAUAGGUUCUUAUAUAAAUGUUUUUUUCCUGUUCUGUGGUUAUGCCUACGCCUUGUGCUACCUACAUGAAUUUUAAGCGUUAAUAAUAAUUAAUGAUAGUUUCAUAGUGAUUAAAUACUUAAUUAAAUAGUUAUAAUACCCUACUUGUUUAUUUUAAAUAUACAAUGUAUGUGUAAGUUUAUAAUAGUGUACCCUACACUAAUAUAAAAUAAUAAUUUGCACUUUUUUAAUCCUCACCAGUUAUUUUAAAAUAAAUUUUAAAAACAAUAAA